CCCGCCGCCGCGUCCCGCGCAGACAUGGCCGCCGCCGCCGCGCCCGCGAAGAUUGGAAUAAUUGGCGGAACAGGCCUGGAUGAUCCAGAGAUUUUAGAAGGAAGAACUGAAAAAUAUGUGGAUACUCCGUUUGGCAAGCCCUCUGAUGCCUUAAUUUUGGGAAAAAUAAAGAAUGUUGACUGCGUCCUCCUCGCAAGGCACGGGAGGCAGCACACCAUCAUGCCUUCAAAAGUCAACUACCAGGUGAACAUCUGGGCUUUGAAGGAAGAGGGCUGCCGCACAUCAUCGCACAUCAUCGUGACCACAGCUUGUGGCUCCUUGAGGGAAGAGAUUCAGCCCGGCGACAUUGUCAUCAUCGAUCAGUUCAUUGACAGGACCACCAAGAGGCCUCAGACCUUCUAUGAUGGAAGUCAUUCCUGUGCCAGAGGAGUGUGCCACAUUCCAGUGGCAGAGCCAUUUUGUCCCAAAACAAGAGAGGUCCUCAUAGAGACCUCUAAGAAGCUAGGACUGCGAUGCCACUCAAAGGGGACAGUGAUCACAAUCGAGGGACCGCGCUUUAGCUCCAGGGCAGAAAGCCUCAUGUUCCGCACCUGGGGAGCAGAUGUUAUCAACAUGACCACAGUUCCAGAGGUGGUUCUUGCUAAAGAGGCUGGAAUUUGCUAUGCAAGCAUCGCCAUGGCAACUGACUAC